GAAAUAAGAGCUCUCGUUCUGCUUGUCGAACAAAUACAUGGUAAAAAAUGGAAAAAGAUCUCAACCGAAUUUGAAGUAAGAAGAUCAGAUCAAGCUUGCAGAAAAAAAUAUAAAGAAAUCAAAGGGAUAAAUAAUCGACAAAUUCGUCGGCCACGACAAACUCAACAAGCUUUUUCUUUUCAACAAAAUAAUAACGGUAAUGGCAACGAUGUUUUUUUGUUUACACCAAACGACUUGCCUCGUCCUAGAAAGAUGAU